UCCCGCGCCUGGGUGCACCGGGGAGGUUGGGGUUCCGGCGUGGGCAUAUGCAGCUGCAGCUUCCCCUGUCCUCCCGGCGCGGAGGUGGUUGUCUUGGUUACGAGUCCUAACGGUCCCGGGCCUGAGUUUCCCUGCUGAGGGGCUGCAACCUGAGCUGCUGUCUGGAGACACCUUCGGCUCUUCUAAGUGUGGGCGGUGGCGACCGCUUCAGCCUUCGAUUUGGAGUGAUUGAAGCUUUCUAGAAAAUCGGAAGUGGAAUUGGAGAAGAAAAGUGACCCGUAAUAAUUAAAAAUGUCUCGAAAAGUUGCCAAGGCAUCAAAAAAACUGAAUGUCUCUAGCUCUCUGGAAUCCGAAGAUAUUAGUUUAGAAACAACAGUUCCGACAGAUGAUAUUUCCUCAUCAGAAGAGCGAGACAAUAAAAUCAAAAUCACCAGGCAGCUAAUUGAACGGAAAGAACUACUUCAUAAUAUUCAGUUACUGAAAAUAGAACUCUCACAGAAAAACAUGAUGAUCGACAAUUUGAAAGUUGAUUAUCUUACAAAGAUUGAAGAAUUGGAGGAAAAGCUUAAUGACGCACUUCACCAGAAGCAGCUACUAACGUUGAGAUUAGACAACCAGUUGACUUUUCAACAAAAGGAUGCCAGGAAAUAUCAAGAACUAAUGAAACAAGAAAUGGAAACUAUUUUAUUGAGACAGAAACAGCUAGAAGAGACGAAUCUUCAGCUGAGAGAGAAAGCUGGAGAUAUUCGUCGAAACCUGCGUGACUUUGAGCUGACAGAAGAGCAAUAUAUGAAACUAAAAGGGUUUCCCGAAGAUCAGCUUUCCAUUCCUGAAUAUGUAUCUAUUCGGUUCUAUGAACUAGUGAAUCCAUUAAGAAAAGAAAUUGCUGAACUCCAAGUGAAAAAGAAUGACCUGUCAGAAGAAUUAAGUGAGAACAAAGUUCAGCUGAAGCAACUGACAGAGACUUAUGAGGAAGAUCGCAGAAACUACUCUGAGCUUCAAAUCAGAUGUCAGCGUUUGGCCUUAGAAUUAGCAGACACAAAACAGUUAAUUAAGCAAGGUGACUACCGUCAAGAGAACUAUGACAAAGUCAAGAGUGAGCGUGAUGCACUUGAACAGGAAGUAACUGACUUACAGAGAAAAUAUGAAAUACUUGAAGCCACUCACAUAGCUCAAGCCAAAGAAAGAAGUGAAUUAUCAAAAGAGGUAACCACCUUACAGCAGACCGUUACUUUACUGCAAAAGGAUAAAGAGUAUCUCAACCGGCAAAACAUGGAGCUCAGCGUUCGCUUUGCCCAUGAAGAAGAUCGUCUUGAAAGACUUCAUGCUCAACUUGAAGAAACCAAAAAGGCUAGAGAAGAGAUGUAUGAAAAAUAUGUAACAUCCAGAGACCAUUAUAAAACAGAAUAUGAAAAUAAACUACGUGAUGAAUUGGAACAAAUCAGAUUGAAAACUAAUCAAGAAAUUGAUCAGCUUCGAAGCGCUUCUAGGGAAAUGUAUGAGCGGGAAAACAGAAACCUCCGAGAAGCGCGGGAUAAUGCCAUGGCAGAAAAGGACCGAGCAGUGACGGCUGAAAAGGAUGCUCUAGAAAAACAUGAUCAGCUUUUAGACAGGUACAGAGAACUACAACUUAGUACAGAAAGCAAAGUAGCAGAAUUUCUCCACCAAAGUAAAUUGAAAUCUUUUGAAAGUGAGCGUGCUCAACUUCUACAAGAGGAAACUGCAAGAAAUCUCACACAGUGUCAGUUGGAAUGUGAAAAAUACCAAAAAAAACUGGAGGUUUUAACUAAAGAAUUUUAUAGUCUCCAAGCCUCUUCUGAAAAACGCAUUACUGAACUUCAAGCACAGAACUCUGAACAUCAGGCAAGGCUAGACGUUUAUGAGAAACUGGAAAAAGAGCUUGAUGAAAUAAUAAUGCAAACUGCAGAAAUUGAAAAUGAAGAUGAGGCUGAAAGGGUUCUUUUUUCCUAUGGCUAUGGUGCUAAUGUUCCCACAACAGCCAGAAGACGACUAAAACAAAGUGUCCACUUGGCAAGAAGAGUGCUCCAGUUAGAAAAACAAAACUCGUUGGUUUUAAAGGACCUGGAACAUCAAAAGAACCAAGUAACACAGCUUUCACAAGAGCUUGACAGGGCCAAUUCUCUGUUAAACCAGACUCAGCAACCUUACAGGUAUCUCAUUGAAUCUGUGCGUCAGAGAGAUUCUAAGAUUGAUUCACUGAAGGAGUGUAUUACACAACUUGAGAAGGAUGUCAGCAAUUUAAAUAAAGAAAAGUCAGCUUUACAGCAGAUGAAGAAUCAAAUGGCAUUAGAUUUGGAACAACUUCUAAAUCAUCGUGAGGAAUUGGCAGCAAUGAAACAGAUUCUCACUAAUAUGCGGAAUAAGCGUUCUGAGGACAAGUUACUUUUUACUAAAAUGGAAUCCAAAAAUGUGACCGAAAAUCAGAAAUCAAAGACUUUGAAUGUGCCUAGAGAACAUGAAGACAAUAUAUUUACACCCAAGCCAACACUCUUUACCAAAAAGGAAGCACCUGAGUGGUCUAAGAAGCAAAAGAUGAAGACCUAGUGUUCUGGACAGAUUUGCUACAUCAUCAUUUACUCCUGAAGUUCUUUUUCCAAUGGACAAAAAGUUUAUCUUAAUCAUGUACUUGGCAUUUUUUAACUAGCUAAUUUAAAGUUUAUUUUAACUGAGUGUUAAAUUAACAAAUUUUAUCAUAAUCAAAAUAUAUAGAGUGAAAAUAUUUGUUUUUAUCUAUCUUGUUCCAAAAUAAAUGUUGUAUACUUUAUGAUUUAAAUUUUGGAGCUUUCAUAAUUCUUCAAGGCACGUUUAAUGUGUGGCUUAUAAAUAUUUUGCUCAGUUAUUUUGGUGAGUAUUUUUCUAACUAUAUAAAUUUUGAGUUUAAAUGUCAUUAACACAAAUACCAAGACACCUUACAAUUUUUAAAUUAAUAACCAUUUGGGAAAUCUACUAGAAGUCCCUUCAAAUGCCAGAUAAUACUGGUCAGAUAUCAUGUAAGUGGACAUGAAUUGCUAAUUCUUUCUUUAGGCUCUUUUUUCAUAUAUUUUAUAUUAUCAUAAGCCAAUAAAGUCUGGUAGAAAGUCUGUUAUUCCAUAAGUCAAGUAAAAUUUUGGUGGAAAGUGUCUUGUUACAUGGGUCAAAGCAAUGCUGAUUCAGAUGCGGUAUGGACCAAAUUUCUAGUCAGUGAGGAAGAAUCGGUAGCAUUUUCUCUUUUUCUUGUAAUAAAAUGUGCUCCAUUUCUUGUUCAAGAGUUAAAAUUUAAAAGAAAGAAGAGGGAUGGGAGAGAAAGAAACGAAAAGAAAUGCGUUUUUCUAUUUCAGGUUUUCUCGACCACUGUUGACCUAGAGGCUGGAUAAUUCUUUGUUCAGGGUGGGAGUAGGGGGCAGUGUUUUGCAUUGUAGGGUGUUCAUUAGCAUCUCUGACCUCUGCCAUUAGAUGACAGCAGUGCCCCCCCAGUUGUGACAGUCAGAAAUGUCUCUUGUCCCGUGGGGUGGCAUACCCCCCCCACAACCACCUAGUGAAGAACCACUGAUGCAUAUAUCAGUGCUUCUGCUAGUUGAGUGUGAGAGAAGAGAAAAAGCUCUUGAUAAUAAUAUAUGCUUGUAAAUCUACUUUUAUCCUAAAAACCCUAACUUAUACCUUACCCCCUUUUUUAUUUCAUUUAGCUACAUCGAAUAUAUGACAUUUUGCAACAAAGGUUUGUGAAAAUGGCCUUUCUCAGGCAUGCAUUUUAAAUCCAGAGAGCAUUACAAUUCAGUAAAAGUAAACCUAUAGACAUAAUUUGUUUCCUUCUAAAAUACUAGAAGAAAAUGUCUGUUUUAGUUUCAACUCUAAUUAUUCAUCUAAAAGCAUUUUAUAAUUUAGUUGAGUCAACCCCGUUUGUUACAUGUACAUAUUUUAAUAUAAAGGAAUACUGAUUGAUUAUCCAAGUUAAAGUAAUGAUGUGGACAAAGGCACAGAAGUAGGAAAAUUUGGAGCUAAUUUUAAGAAUAGAAAACAUAGAGGUGGGAGGGUAUAGCUCAAGUGGUAGAGUGCAUGCUAAGCAUGCACAGGGUCCUGGGUUCAAUCCUCGGUACCUCCUCUAAAAAAAUAAUUAAUAAACCUAAUUAUCUUCCCCCAAC